CAUAACCAGUUUUGUAAUCGUAUGAUCCGAUCAAUACCACCGUAAGCACUGACGUGGUGCAGGGAUUUUUGCGUGUCGGUUGUGAUUUUGGUGCGCCGAUCUACCUUCAUAAGUUUACCGCAUCGCACCAGCGGACAGUAAUAAGUUACCUUUACGUUAGUGCGAGCAAUUCAAACGAAGCGAGGUCGUCAGUACAGUAGCGAACUGAGCCGCACUGUCAAUAUGUCAAAAUAUUUAUCGGUAGCGGAACGUAAUUUAAAACUCUGUAAUUGGUCAAAGUAUCGUAAGCGGUGAUUCGUGUAGCAGCGUGCUCAAUAAACAAUCAGAAGUGAACGUUCUCGUCGUCCUAAAUUUUAAGUUCCCUUAUUGUAUACCUACCCGCCUUCAAAUCAAAAUGCCAAUAAUUGUGUUGGAACGUUUACCUUUACCAAAUUUAAAAACUUACACCUGUGCGAGCGUACUCGCGUUAUCGCUUUCUAUUUAUUAUGCGACACAUAUUGUUAAGGACCCCGAAUGGAAUAAACCAAAAAGUGAUUUGGAUGUUUCAUCCCUUAUUGAAAGUGAAGAUAUCUUAAAUAACAAUACGAAUCAUUCGUCUGCGGAUGAUCGAACUUUUUCUCAAUUUACCGGUGAUACGUUUUCGGUUAUGACCAAAGAGCCGAUUUGUGUUUGGAUUAUGAUCAAUAUGGCUUACUGCUGGUUAAUACUGAUUGGCCGGUGUGUCCAAAAAUUCGUAUUUGGCCAACUGCGGGUGUCCGAACAGCAACAUUUAGAAGAGAAGUUCUGGAAUUUCGUUUUUUACAAAUUUAUAUUCGUAUUUGGAGUCAUUAACGUACAGUACUUGGAAGAGGUACUUUUGUGGUGCUCGUGGUUUUCCCUGUUAGGCUUUCUACAUCUGUUAUCUCAACUUGGAAAAGAUCGAUUUGAAUAUCUGUCAUUUUCACCAACUACACCGGCCUGGAGCCAUGUGAAGUUGUUGGGACUGCUAGGAUCCAUCUUUGUUUUUUCGUUGUUUAUGUUGCUUAUAUGUAUUUUUGUUGGAUUUUUCCAAGGACUAAAUACGUUCGCGUUUAUGUCGGCAGAGGUAAUCCUUCUGGGCAUUCGAACUCUACAUGUAAUUGUCAGAUAUGCCUUACAUCUAUAUGACAUGUGUCGUGAUACCAACGGAUCUUUAAGUAGGGAUACUGCCACAGUGUUAGAAAAACGUGGCCCAGUCAUAUACUACAUAGAAUUAGGAUUUGAACUUACCGCUUUGAUAAUCGAUUUUGUUCAUCACAUGCACAUGUUACUAUGGAGUAAUAUAUUUUUGUCUAUGGCAAGUCUGGUUAUUUGCAUGCAGUUAAGGUACUUAUUCCACGAAAUGCAAAGGCGAUGCAAGAAGCAUAGAAACUAUCUGUGGGUCCUAAAUCAUAUGGAACAGAAUUAUCCCAUGGCCUCUGCGGAAGAAAUAGCAGCAAAUUCUGACAAUUGUGCGAUAUGUUGGGAGAAAAUGGAAACUGCAAGGAAACUUCCGUGUUCGCAUCUUUUUCAUACAAUGUGCUUACAAUCGUGGCUUGAACAAGAUAAAUCUUGUCCAACAUGUCGUUUGGCACUCAAUAUCGAAAAUCCGUCAGACAACCGUCCAGAAUCGCCAGAAAUACAACACAACGCCCCUCAGCCUGCUCGCCGGCCACUCAAUCACUUCUUCCACUUUGAUGGAUCAAGAUAUGUCUCAUGGCUACCAAGUUUCUCAGUAGAGGUCAGCCAAUUGCCGCGAUUAAGUCGCGCACCCGCAAGUAACUCUCAGCUUGACGCCAUGGCGCGGCAGGUACAACAGUUAUUUCCCCAUUACCUACUUCCCAUAAUCAUUGAAGAUCUACGUGUGACAAGAUCUGUUGAAUUGACAAUCGAAAAUAUUCUCGAUGGUCGACUGAACUCGCCAACGUUUAGGGAGACCGAACCAAUAGUGCCAUCUGAAAAUAACCCAUCCCUCUCGAUUUUGCAACGGCAAAGCAGCACAGAACAGCCUGAUACUUCGACUUCGCAAAAUUGGGAUGAGGUCAAUGAGGAAAAUGUAGACAAUGACGACGGAAUUGCGGUCGGUAGUCGUUUUUCCAAAUCGUCAAGCGAACGUGAACACAUAUUACACAAGAGGAAAGAAAAAUUAAUUCAAUCGGCGCGGAAGAGGUACGUUGACAAGCAGCGAGCAACACCUAACUCAUAGGUAAUGUCAAAUGGCAAAUCAAAGAAUUCGGCUCAAUUCGUGAAAGUUUGCGAAGAAUACUGUGAGAUUUUUUCAUGGCAAAAUGUAUUUUCAUAUGAUGUAUGUAAUUAGUUUGUAAGAAAAAAUUACAGCUUAAUACAUAGAAGGAGAAAUAUUUUUUAUAAGUUAACCAAAUAAUAUCACUUUUCCAUUUGCAACAAUCUUACUCAUGUUAUUGAAUAGUCGUUAUUCGCUGCUAACGACAGAAGGCAAGCAAGAAUCGAGGUGCCAAAGUUUAACACAAACCUUCGUGUGGAAAUAAUUGAUUGCAGGUGCCAAUACUCUUACAAUUUCAUUUUACUUCUCGUCGACAAAUGUAGAUGUGAUAAAUUUGCCAUCCAUCCAACAAGCAACCUACAGAAUAAUUGACACUACGUUUACUCCACCUAGGUAUUUGUGAUAAACUUUAACCGCUCUGUAGUUUAGUAAAACCUUACUUUGGUAUAAUAUUUAUUGGAUUAAUUUAGUUUAGUAAACGUUUUGACUGUAAAUUGAUGUAGGCGUUUGAACCUAUAAGGAAAAUAUUGUUACACCGGAUUACGGUAUAAAGAGACUGAUUACAGCAAUUUAACGAACUUAAUUUACAUUGAUGUUAAUUUUUUAUGUUGAACCUGAGAGGGAAUUUUUUUAACUUUAGGUAUAUACUAGCUUUAUUUAGUGAUAGCCAUCUAAUAAUUUAGUGAUGAUUUUGUACAACUUAAAGUAAUUUAUCAAAGUGGUUAUUCAUCAAGUAAAAAUCGACUGGAGUAUUUGUGUGAUAGAUGUGUUUAGUUAUAAAAGUGACUGUGAAUUUUGUUGAUCAUUUUAGAUUUUAGUUGUGCUAUAUAAGAAAUUAAUUUCUUUACGUUUACAUCGACUUAUUUGAGUAUUUGUUUUUAUUUUGUUAAACUUAUAUAAAACAAUAACUAUACUAUAUUGUAUAAUCAACCUUCUUAAUAGAAAUAACUUUGUAUUAUAAUACGAAAAACUUAAAAAAGAGAACUUAAAAAACUAGUUAUUGUAUCAAUUUAUUUUAUGUAAAUAAUUUGCUUACUUUUUAAAAGUUGCAAUUCCACUCAGAAAACAAAAGUGCAAUUUGCCAUUAUGGAACAUAAAUUUGAAGUAGUGUAAGCUUGUAAAAUAUCGUUUUCGUUUUCACAUAUUGUUGAAAGUUCCUCAUUUAAUAUUGUUCACUAUAAUCGUACGAGUGUAGUGCAUAGAAGAGUAAGUAAUUGCCAUGCAAAUUAAUAAAUGUAUGUGUGUCUAACAUCACACUUUUAGUAUAGUGUACUUAUGAUGAUAUAUUACUUAUGAAAACCCUAUAUUGUUGUGUGCUUUUUGCUGUAAUAAAACUUUUAAACUAG